GUUGAUGUAACAGAUCAGAAGAAACGUCGACGCCUUCGAUUGCGUAUCGGGAAACAAGCGGGUGAACAAGGUGCAACUGGCCCAGCUUUAGGUUUGGUCGAGGGUAAUUCUACUAAUACCGUUAAUACAGUGGAGGACACCGAGUUCAGCAGUAGCAACGUCGAUAGCAAGAGUCGUGCUGGCAAUGAAGCUACAACCACUUUUACGAAUUCCGAUGAAUUGGCGACAACAUCUGCACAUCAAAUAUCGACUGUAUCCCACCUAGUAGCUUUGGCCAAUCAACAACAUGCUGCAACAACAUCAGGAACAAAAUCUCAGAAACAUAUUUCUUUAGAGCUGACCACCGUAUCAACAACAAACACAAACGCCGAUGUAGAACUUGCGACUACAGCAAUUACUUCACCCACCAAAAUCACAAUUGUAGCAUCGAAUGGCACAAAUAAUAUUGAAGUGCUGGAGGAUCCACAAUUGCAACAACAACUCCACCAAGUACAACAACACACCACAACUGGCGGUGCCAGUACCUCAAAUGCCACUACAAUUACUUCCAUAUCCGCAAUUUCACCACAAACACCAACUGCUUGCCUUGGUGCUUGUAGUCAAAUGCAUCAAUUGAGCGACUCUGCAAGUGCAUCCAACCAAGUUACCCCAGUACCGAGACCAAAAAAUUCACAAUAUAGUAUAUCGAAUCCAUUGCAUAAGGUAGCAAAGCGUAAGGAAACUCUUGAAGCCAAGCGGGAACGUAAGGCCGCCAAGACUUUGGCUAUUAUAACGGGCGCCUUUGUGGUUUGUUGGCUGCCAUUUUUCGUAAUGGCGUUAAUGUUGCCACUUUGCGUUGCAUGCCGCGUCAACGAUAGCGUUCUUUCACUGUUUCUUUGGCUUGGUUACUUUAAUUCAACGCUCAAUCCAGUCAUAUAUACUAUUUUCAGUCCGGAAUUUCGGCAGGCGUUUAAACGGAUACUUUAUGGUGCUCACCGUUCUGCACAUUACCGCAGCGGCAAAAUAUAAAUAAAAAUGCUCAAUUGUGAGAUAACUUACGCGUUUCAUAAAAAAUAAUGGAGCAACUUCAAAAUAUCCUGGAACCACUUUUAU